AUGCGACGUGGGAGAUCGUUUUGGCACUGUAGUACCAUUGUAACCCAUCGAUAUCUUCGCCUUAACAUCUUCACUUCUUCACUUCUUCGCUCACACACACACACACACUCUCUCUCUCCCCCGAGUUUUUGUCUUCCAACUGAAAACACUGACGUAACUAUGCGUGUCAUCAUCAGAGAGGACCCUCGCUCGGCGUCUGUGUAUAUCGCAGACUACAUCAUCAGCCGCAUUCAGGCGUUCAAGCCGACACCAGAGCAGCCGUUCGUUCUUGGUCUGCCUACUGGAAGCAGCCCGGAAUUUAUCUACAAGAUCCUCGUGCAGCGUCACCGCGCGGGCGAGAUCUCCUUCAAGAAUGUUGUGACCUUCAACAUGGUAAGUCCACCGACUUUGACAGCGACAACACCCACUAAGCCAACUCAGGAUGAAUACGUGGGUCUCCCUCGCGACCACCCCGAGUCAUACCAUAGCUUCAUGUACAAGCACUUCUUCUCGCACGUGGACAUCCCCCCACAGAACAUCAACAUCCUCAACGGAGAAGCCACCGACCUGACCGCCGAAUGCGCCGCAUUUGAAGCGCGCAUCGCCCGGUACGGUGGAAUUGAGCUCUUCCUCGGCGGCGUAGGCCCAGAUGGACACAUCGCAUUCAACGAGCCGGGUUCCUCGCUCAACAGCCGCACUCGCGUCAAGACCCUGGCCUACGACACCAUCUUGGCCAACAGCCGCUUCUUCGGCAACGAUGUGGACAAAGUGCCCCGCAUGGCGAUGACCGUCGGCAUCAAGACCAUCAUGGAGUCUCGGGAGGUGGUUAUCGUCGCUACCGGCGCCCACAAGGCGAUCGCCGUGCAAAAGGGCCUCGAAGAGGGCGUGAACCACAUGUGGACUCUCUCCGCGCUGCAGCUACACCAACACCCCCUCGUCGUGUGUGAUCGGGACGCUACUCUCGAACUCAAGGUGAAGACCGUCCGGUACUUCGAGUCCAUCGAGCAGGCUGGAACCGAUGCCCGUACCCAGGGCCCCGCUCUGGUCUACCGACCCCGAACUUAUGUUCCGGGCCCCAUGCCUAAGACUCCCCGGACAGCCCAGCAGGAGACUCCCGAUCGGACUCCCGAGAAAGUCCCUAAGGAUCUGCGCAUCAAUACCGAAUUACACCAUGCCAUGGAGGAUGAUGAGCUCACGCCUGACAGCAUGUCAUCACGCCUGGUCGACUCGGCGAUUGGAGGUCUUGAUGGAACUCUGAAGAGCGAUCUUAUCUUUGACCGUAUGGGUACCCGGAUGACUGCCCUUUAG